AUGUCUUCUUCUCCUGUUGUAGUCAUUGGAACUGGUUUGGCCGGCUUGGCCACAGCUAAUGAAUUGGUUAAUAAGUAUAACAUUCCUGUAACUAUCCUCGAAAAGGCUUCCUCCAUUGGUGGGAACUCCAUCAAGGCCUCGAGUGGUAUCAACGGUGCUUGUACCGAGACUCAACGUCAUUUUCACAUCGAAGAUACCCCACGUUUAUUUGAAGAUGAUACCGUCAAAUCCGCCAAAGGUAAAGGUGUUCAAGAAUUAAUGGGGAAAUUGGCUAACGAUUCUCCCUUGGCUAUUGAAUGGUUGAAGACCGAAUUUGAUCUAAAAUUGGAUCUAUUGGCUCAACUGGGGGGUCAUUCUGUGGCAAGAACUCACAGAUCAUCAGGAAAGCUGCCUCCAGGUUUCGAGAUUGUUUCUGCCUUAUCUAACAAUUUGAAAAAAUUGGCCGAGACUAAACCAGAAUUGGUCAAGAUCAACUUAGACAGCAAGGUCGUAGACAUCCAUAAAAAGGAUGGCUCCAUUUCCGCUAUAGUGUAUGAUGACAAGAAUGGUGAAAGACAUACACUGAGUACCUCCAAUGUCGUAUUCUGUUCUGGAGGGUUCGGUUUCUCUAAGGAAAUGCUUAAUGAAUAUGCGCCUCAACUGGUAAACUUGCCAACAACAAACGGGCAACAAACCACCGGGGAUGGUCAAAGACUUCUUCAAAAGUUGGGUGCUGACCUAAUCGACAUGGACCAAAUUCAAGUUCAUCCAACUGGGUUUAUUGAUCCUAAUGAUCGUAACUCGAGCUGGAAAUUCUUGGCUGCCGAAUCUCUAAGAGGUCUUGGCGGUAUCCUACUGAAUCCCAUCACCGGUAGAAGAUUUGUCAAUGAACUAACCACAAGGGAUGUCGUCACUGAAGCCAUCCAGAAGCAUUGUCCUCAGGAUGAUAACAGAGCACUCUUGGUCAUGAGCGAGAAGAUGUACACAGAUUUGAAGAAUAAUCUGGACUUUUACAUGUUCAAGAAACUUGUACAGAAAUUGUCGUUAUCUCAGGUCGUCUCUGAAUAUAAGUUACCAAUUACUGUUUCGCAAUUAUGUCAGGAGUUACAGACAUACUCUUCUUUUACCAGCAAAGCUGAUCCAUUAGGACGUACUGUUGUUCUUAACGAAUUUGGCGCCGAUAUUACCCCAGAAACCAUGGUUUUUAUCGGUGAGGUAACACCAGUGGUCCACUUUACCAUGGGUGGCGCUAGAAUCAACGUCAAGGCUCAAGUCAUUGGAAAGAAUGACGAACCUCUUUUAAAUGGUCUGUAUGCGGCUGGUGAGGUUUCUGGUGGCGUUCAUGGUGCCAAUAGAUUGGGUGGUUCAAGUUUAUUGGAAUGUGUUGUCUUUGGUAGAACGGCCGCUGAAUCGAUUGCCAAUAACCAUAAAUAA